AAUCAGUUUGCAACACUGCGUGAGUUCAUUGGCGUACUCACACUAAACAUAGGAUAUGUCAAAAUUUUGUGAUGGCGGCGAUGUUAAAGGAUAAGACUCAAUUUACAUUUGAAGAUAAAUGGCCAUGUAUGCGCCCUAUAAUAUUGAAACUUCUCAAACAAGAACCAGUAACGCAAACAGAAUGGCAAGAUUUGUUUUACUCUGUUCACUUGGUAUGUAUGUGGAUCGAAAAGGGACCUACAAAGUUACGUGACGCUCUUAAAGAAGACAUAAUGGAUUUUAUAAAGCAAGCUCAGCAAAGAGUAUUAGCGCAUCAAGAAGAGCAAGCAUUAUUAAAAGCAUAUAUAGCCGAAUGGAGAAAGUUUUUUACACAAUGUAAUUAUUUGCCAACGCCAUUUCGACAUUUAGAAACAUAUCUUGCUGGAAAAACUAGUUCUAGUAUUCAAAAGAGAAAUCAGCCAGAUGAUAUCGUUAGAAAACUGAUGUUAGAUAGUUGGAAUCAAAGUAUAUUUGGUGAGAUAAAACAAAGACUCCAAGAUUCAGCAAUGAGAUUAGUGCGUGCUGAAAGGAACGGAGAAGCAUUUGAUUCUCAAUUGGUUAUUGGUGUUAGAGAAUCUUAUGUAAAUCUGUGUUCAAAUACAGUAGACAAACUACAGAUCUAUAGAGAAAAUUUUGAAGCUGCCUAUAUAGAAGCAACAGAAGCAUUUUAUUGGGUCAAAGCACCAGAGCAAUUAUCAUUACAUGGCGUAGAAAAUUAUAUGCGCUAUGCAGAAUCCAAAUUAAGGGAAGAAGAAUUACGUGCGCAGAAAUAUUUAGAACCAAAUAGUGCUAGCGUACAACUUUUAACCGAUUGUUGUGUAAGAGUUCUAGUAGCAACUUUUAAGCCAGCUAUUCUAGCAGAAUGUCCACGAAUGAUACAACAUCAUCAGACAGAUAAGCUUCGAUUGAUGUUAAAAUUGAUAGAUAGAGUACCAGAAGGAGUAGGUCCUAUGUUAAGAAAUCUUGAAGAACACAUAGCAAGUGCUGGAUUAGCAGAUAUGAUGGCAGCAGUUGAUGUUAUUACUCAAGACUCGGAAAAAUAUGUAGAAAGAUUAUUAGAUCUAUUUAGACGAUUUUCUACUUUAGUUAAAGAAGCAUUUGAUGAUGAUCCACGUUUUCUUACUGCACGAGAUAAAGCUUAUAAACUUGUUGUUAAUGAUGCUACAGUUUUUAGACUCGAAUUACCAGCUCGCCAAGGUUCUGGCAUCGGUACAACUAUUAUAAACAAUAAACCUACUAAUAAUAAUAAUGGACAACCAGAAUCAAAAUGUCCAGAACUUUUAGCCAAUUACUGUGAUAUGCUUCUUAGAAAAACUCCAUUAAGUAAGAAAUUAACUUCUGAUGAAAUAGAAAGCAAAUUAAGAGAUGUGUUACUUGUUUUAAAAUAUGUACAAAAUAAAGAUGUUUUUAUGCGUUACCAUAAAGCACAUUUAACACGAAGGCUCAUAUUAGAUACGUCAGCAGAUUCAGAAAAGGAAGAAAACAUGGUUGAAUGGCUUAGAGAAGUUGGAAUGCCUGCAGAUUAUGUUAAUAAACUAGCCAGAAUGUUUCAAGAUAUUAAAGUAUCUCAAGAUCUCAAUCAACAGUUUAAGGAACAAUGUCGUGCUGCCAUUGCAGAUAGCAUAAAUAUAAAGAUAUUAAAUGCAGGUGCCUGGGCAAGAGGUAGCGAAAGAGUUACUGUAAGUUUACCUUUACAACUAGAAGAUUAUAUACCAGAAGUUGAAGAAUUUUACAAAAAGAAACACAGCGGACGAAAGUUACAAUGGUAUCAUCACAUGUCAAAUGGCACGAUAACAUUUUCCAACCAAGUGGGUCGAUUCGAUGUGGAUGUUACAACAUUUCAAAUGGCUGUUUUAUUCGCUUGGAAUCAACGGCCUUUUGAAAAAAUUUCUUAUGAAAAUCUUCGUCUUGCUACUGAACUUCCUGAUCCAGAAUUACGAAGAACACUUUGGUCGUUGUGUGCUUUCCCAAAAUUAAAACGUCAACUUCUUUUAGUAGAACCACACGCAUAUAGUCCAAAAGAUUUUGGAAACGAUACAAGAUUUUGGGUUAAUCAAGAGUUUGCCAUAGUAAAAAAUGGAAAAUUACAAAAAAGAGGAAAAAUAAAUCUAAUAGGUCGAUUACAAUUGUCGACUGAAAGGAGUAAAGAAGAAGAUAAUCAAUCAAUUGUACAAUUGAGAAUAUUACGAGUUCAGGAGGCCAUCAUAAAGAUUUUGAAAAUGAGGAAGAAGAUAAGUAAUGCUCAGUUACAAACUGAAUUGGUAGAUAUAUUAAAAAAUAUGUUUUUGCCAAGUAAAAAGAUGAUAAAAGAACAAAUUGAAUGGCUUAUAGAGCACAAAUAUAUUCGUAGACACGACGACGACAUUAAUACAUUUGUUUAUAUGGCGUAACACCGAGAUAUGUAUCCAUAUAAAAUUGUUCAAACUUCUAUUAUUAAUAUUAUAUUUUUAUAAAAAUUAAGUUUUUCUCGUGCAACAAAUGUAUACUUGAAGAUAGUAAAAGAUACAAAGAUAUGUGACAUUCUUUGUGGACUACAAAAGAAUUGAAUUAAAUUAAAUUCAGAAAAACAUUAUGUGGAAUUAUAAAUAAUAUAAGAAGUCAUAUCACUCCAAUGGACAGGUAUCCGAAAAAAAAAAAAACAGGGAUAAAGCAUAUAGAAAGAUCUAUAAAGUAUCUUAAUAACAAAAUAAGAAAAAAGAAAAAAAGAAAAAAAAUACUGUGAACAAGUAUGACAAAUACGUAUUAUUUCGUUAGAGUUCUUCUGUAAACUUAAUUGAAAUGUGUUUCACAAAUAACGUGUAUAAAGUUUUUAUUUCAUUGUAAUAAAUUAUUAUUUACAAUGAAAUUGAUUAAUAAUAAAUAUGAAUAGAAAAUUAGGCCGAUAUUGAAAGAUUGAUUUGGAUAUUUUACUAGUUUUCAUCCGUAAGCGACUUGCUACUUGAUUUUAUGUUCCGAAUAAUUUAGACUGUUUUAAUAUCGCUUUUCUACAAUCAAUUUCAAUAAAUACUUUGGAAAUAGGUAAUGAAUGGCCUAUAAUCUCUUUUGUAUAAAUGUAUCACUUAAAUUAUUCCCUGUGAACUUAUAAAUCGUGAAAUACUUAUGUAAACAUAAAUAACAAUAUCCUGUAUAAAGCUUUUAUAUUAUUUGAAUAAGCCAACGAAGAAUGUACGAAUAUACGACUUCUAUGAAAUAAUGAUCAAAAUUUUUUCAUAAACCUAUCAACACAAAUAUAUAGUAUUACAUUUGAUUUUAACACAUUGUUGAUUUUAACACAUUGUUGUCAUGCAGCAAUUUCGCAGCAUGAGAAUCUAUCUCAUGUCACUAUUUUGUAAUUGAUCAUUAAAGUGAUACAAUU